AUGAUGUAUCAGAUUAAUUGCAAUGCUUUCACGAACUUCUGGUCUGUUCCUGACAUCUUGAUCUACGGAUCAGCUGCAGCAUUCCCGUAUAUGUUGUAUAGACAUCCAUACUCCGUGCAUCUCAUAUACUUCCGAGCUCUGACCAGAUAUCGCAUCACUUAUUGCAUGAACAUGACAAUAAGCCUGCUCAAGCCAUGCAGUGCACCUUUUCUACACCAGCAGUCCCAUGUCAUGUUCCAAGCUAUGUAUCUGGUUGGUUCAUCUUGUCUAUACACAUCAACCUUGGAAGCGAUCCCAAUUACUAACCAGUAA